AUGUCCGGAGGUUUAAGUGGUGCGGAGCAAGACACCUGGGCUACAUACUUCUCCAUUGGCAACGAUGGUCUUGAAAGAGCUAGAAGGUUAGCUGGCACUAAAGGAGUUGGUUCUGAGCAAGACCGCUAUGGACAGUACUUUCGAGGCCCAGACGACGCAGCGCAAAGACUUAAGAGCACUUUCAAGGAUGCUGCUGGAGAUAUUGACAAUGCUGCUCAUAGAGUUGCUGGUAAAGCAAAGGAUGCUUUCCAAGAUGCUUCUGGCUCUGAGCAAGACCGAUAUGGCAACUACUUUAAAGGAUCUAAUCAUGCAGCUGAGAGGGCCGAUCAUGCUGUUAUCAGGACGAAAGAUGCGUUCCGUGGUACGACCGGCGCAGAGCAAGAUCGCUAUGGCGGUCACUUCGAUGCUGCAAGCGGAAAACUGACUGAUAAAGCUCGACGAGGUCUUCAUUCAUUUGAGGAUGCCCAGUAUCAAAGACGCGAGGCUUUCGAUAGAACUGGCACAUUCUCUCCUAGCGACAGAACAGCUAAUCCUCUUCGGACAGCCACCGUUGGCAUUCUUCAGUCAACCAUACUCCCAUCUCUAUCGCUCCAUGGAGGUCUAGCCGCAAUCGCAUAUAGCGUCGCUCGUUACACAGGUCGUCUCGAUGUGAAAGACUAUCUUUGGCCCGCCGCCCAAGUUGCAAAUGCAUGGUACAGCGCUGUGGGCCGUCAUCUGCUCGCUGGAGUCUCCCUCACUAUGAUCGUGGAGACGCUCUCGUACCCCGAACGUAUCCUCCUUGGUGGUAUCACUGCCUGGGGUACUCGUCUCCUCUACCGUAUUGCGACCCGCAGCAUCGCUCGCGGCCAAGAUGAUGAACGUUAUAUUGAAGCUAAGAAGGAGCCCGACUUCUGGAACAAGGCCGCCUUCGCCAUAUUCCUACCUGAAGCACUCUUCCAGACUAUCAUAUCGCUCCCAGUCGUUCUUCCGUUCCGCGAUGGUGCUGCAAGCGCCGCUCUAGCGCCUACCGCUGGCCUCGCUCAUGUCGCUCAUUUCGUAGCUGUUUUCAUCUUCGGCACUGGGUUUGCACUCGAAACUCUUGCUGAUCGCCAAUUAGCCACACAUAAAGAGAAGGCUACAGAAAGUCUGAACCGAGGGGGUGUAUGGAGCAUUGUUCGGCAUCCAAACUAUCUCGGCGAAACUCUCAUUCAUGCCUCCUUUCCCAUUCUUCUCUAUUCAUGUGGUCUCCUCCAUCCUAUCGCCGUUCUUGGUCCACUCGCCAACUAUGCUUUCUUGCGCUAUAUAGGCGGCGAUGCGCAGACUGAGACAUCACAAGAAGAGAGAUACAAGACUGAAGAUCCCGCUAAACUUGCUCAAUUACAGCAGUACAAGGCGAAAACCAACUCGUUCUGGCCAAAGGUUGAGGAGUUGAAGAACUCAUGGGUAUGGACCGUGGUAGGUGUGGGCCUAGUAGGUGCAGUAGUCGAGAGCGGAGUGAGGGAACUCCUCUUACACUAG